AUGUACGCUACAACGGCAUCUGAAAGAACAAAGAAACCCUACUACGUGACGACUCCUAUUUUCUAUGUUAAUGCAGCCCCCCAUGUCGGUCAUUUGUAUACGAUGGUCCUCGCCGAUAUAAUUAAGCGAUGGAGGACUCUGAGCGGUGAACAAGAUGCUCAGUUUUUGACUGGAACUGAUGAGCAUGGAAUGAAGAUUCAGCAGGCAGCACUCGCCGCCGGCAUGGACACUCAAGCUUUCUGUGACAAGAACUACAAAACAUUCGAGGAUUUGGCAAAAGCUGCGAAUUUGGAUAAUAACUAUUUCAUUCGAACCACCGAGCCGGCGCACAAGGAGGCAGUUCAGUACUUCUGGGAAAUGUUAAGCCAUCGGGGCUACAUCUACACUGCCAAGCAUGAAGGAUGGUACUCGGUCAGCGACGAAACAUUUUAUCCCAAAUCACAGGUGCAAUUAUCUUUGGACCCAACCACUGGACGGAAAAGGAUGGUGUCAGUUGAGACUGGGAAAGAAGUAGAGUGGUCCUCGGAAACGAACUAUCACUUCCGCUUGUCUUCCUUUCAGGAUCGUCUGCUGGAUUUGUAUAAGACGGGUUUUAUCACUCCUUCGAACUACGCAACUGAUGUGGUCAAGUCGGUCUCCUCGGGGCUCCAGGACUUGUCAAUCUCUAGACCUGUGGAGAGGCUCAAUUGGGGCAUCCCUGUCCCGGGGGACAGGACGCAGACAAUCUAUGUUUGGCUUGACGCGCUCAUCAAUUACCUGACCAGGGCGGGAUAUCCGUUUCCCCCGGGCCAAGAAGGACGACUUGGAUGGCCGGCAAAUGUGCACGUUGUCGGCAAGGACAUUGUUCGUUUCCACUGCGUGUAUUGGCCCGCAUUUCUCAUGGCGUUGGAUCUUCCCUUGCCUCACAAUGUCCUCGUUCACGGACAUUGGACCAUGAACCGUGAAAAGAUGUCGAAAUCGACGGGAAACGUGGUGAACCCAUUUUUUGCUAUCGACCGUUUCGGGGUUGAUACCAUGCGCUUCUUCCUUGCUUAUCAAGGAGGUCUAGCGGGGGAUUCCGACUAUGAAAAUGGGUACAUUAUUCGCGAUUAUAAGAAACUGCUCCAGUGGGGGAUAGGAAAUCUUGCUUCAAGAUUGGUCGGCUGUUCGAAAGGAAAACUCCGGAUGCACAUUAUCAAUGGGACCUCCGAUGGUCUUCCACCGGCGAAUCAGGAUGAUCUUACGUAUCAGGCGCUGCUGGAGAAGACUCCAGUCGAUGCGGCGAAGCAUAUGGAACAACUCAAUCCUCGUGCCGCGCUGCAAGAUAUCGUGGGAUUAAUUGACCAGGCGAACAAGUAUAUCCACUCCUCGGAGCCAUGGAAGGGCGCAGAGAACGCCCCUCGUUGUUUGUACAAUAUCGCUGAGACGUUCCGGAUUUCCGGAAUCCUGCUGCAGCCAUUUAUGCCCUCCAAGGCCAAGGAGAUCCUAGACUUCCUUUGUGUAGACAGCACGGAUCCUUCAAAGCGGAGGCUCUCGGCUGCAACAGUAGGUUCGGAUCCAAACUAUGGGGAAGGUGUCAGGAAGUCAAUUCUGUUCCCCCCUCUUCUGUCUGAGGAGUAA